CUAAAACGGUCUGUUACAGGCUACACGGGGGAUCUUUGUCUUUGUGAAUUGCUGAUGUAGAGCGGAAGGAAGGAAGUUGCCGUGGUCUGAUUUCUCUGUCGAGAAGCAAACUCCAGCCUUGUUUAUCCAGACGCGUGGACACGCGGAGACACCGGAGGCGCAGAGGGACACAGAGACACCGGGCGAUACGGAGAAACAAGGGGACACAGAGACAUAGAGACACCGGGAGACACGGAGACAGAGACACCGAGAGACACAGAGACACCUUGCGACACGGAGAAACAAAGGAACACAGAGACAUAGAGACACCGGGAGACAGAUACGGUGAUCCGGAGACACGGAGACGCAGAGAGACACCGGGCAACACAAAGACACGGAUACACCGGAGACGCAGAUAGACAUAGAGACACGGAGACACCUCGCGACACGGAUAAACAAGAAGACACAGGGACAUAGAGACACCGGGAGACACGGAGAUACGGAGACAUCGGAGACGCAGAUUGACACAGAGACUCCGGGAGACAGAGACAUCGGAGACAUCGACACACAUUGCAAGUGUACAGACAUACACACUGGCACACCCAGACACACACACACACAAACUGAUACACAUGAGCACACUGACGUACGUACACACACAGACAUACACACUUAGGUAUGCACACAGGUCUGCAGACACGUACACACACACAGACACAUCGGGAUACACACGGACAGACACAGACGCACACACGCCCCCUAUCAAUGUCUUUCCAAGCGCUUUUUUUCUACCAGAUUUAAACGACAAAUUGGAAAAUGUUGCCUAUUCAAGAGAUCGUCACUAGGGAACAGUUAAAUGAGCUGCGAGAUCGUGAGACGGUGGUCGUGAGCCAGGUCUCCAUGGCCACGCGAGGGAUUUGCGAGCCUCUCAAAAAGUCUCAGAGGAUUUUCCACAACACGGCUCUGGACUUCACUGAGAGUGGACGGGGCCUGCGGGUGGAGGCGGCCACGCCACACCUGGUGAGUGUGGGCGGGGGGCGACUCUCCACGGCCGUGACGCUGCUGCCCCUGCACGAGGGCCAAACCAGACUGGGCACGGCGGAUUCGAUUCCUCCUCCCGACAUCGAGAUCCGCGGUCCCGGAGCGCAGCGCGACCAUUGCGUCAUCGAGGCGCGGGGAGGCGCCAUCACCCUCGUGCCCUGCGGACACCCCUGCACCAUCGACGGCACCGCCGUGCGGGAGCCAACGCGGCUCACUCAAGGCUGCAUGCUUUGUCUCGGACAGUGGAACUUCUUCCGUUUCAAUCAUCCGGACGAGGCGGUGAGAAUUCGCAGCAUGCUGGCCCCGUCGGCGAACCCGCCCGCCGCCCCGUCACACGCCAUGAGCUCGGUGAACGGCAACGACGCCCGGCGCAGGGACGGUGCGCCAGCAGGACGGGCCGGCGCUCGAGACAAACUCCUCAACGCCUGCUCCAUCGAGCAGGACCUGCAGGACAUCAUCGACUCGCUCACGCUGGAGAGCAACACAGCCUCCGGCGCCCCUCUCACGCCGGCCUCCUUCACCAGCGUCGCCUCCGCUCCGGACAACGGCAACAACAACCACCAGCAGCAGCAGCAGCCCCGCGGCGUACCGUGCUCCCCUCCCUCGAGCCCGGAACGCGUCUCCCUCUCCGGCUCAUGCUACGACAACCUGGCGUCCGCCUCGUCGUCGCCAUCGUCGCCCUCGUCGUCGUCAAGUUCCAACGACAACCACGGCACGCCGCCCGUGCCCGCCCGCUCCUCCAGCUACAACUUUACUUCGCAGCGCUCCGCCAACGGCUUCCGUGCUGCCGCGGCCGCCCCCCCCGUGGCGACGGCUAUGCCGGCGGCGCCGGCCGCCAGGGCCGAAAGCCCCCGCGCGCCGAGGCGACGGAUCCGGGACGCGCCCAUGGAGCGGCCUCACCUUGCGCACGCCAAACCCGGCCAGGGCGGCGGCGGCAUCGGCGGAGUGCCACCGGAGAGUGGCGGCUGCGCCAAUGCCAACGCCGCUGCGGCCUGCUUCCCAGGCUUCUCGCCGGAGAGCCCUCCAAGCCCGAGGCUCCCCAGGGCUUCUCUGGAGAGGGGCGGGGGGGCGGCCACGGCGGCCGGGCCCGUGCCGCUCUCCCCACGGGCGGCGAGGAGAUCGGCCACCACCCCGCCUGCCAGCCCGGAGGCCUCGCGCCGCGGCUGCUUCCCCAUCUCACUCGCCUCCCCACAGGGUCCCUCGAGGUGGCAGCAGCAGCAGCAGCAGCAGCCGCCGCACUCGCCGUCAUCGGCAAGAAGACUCGUGGCGCGCGGCGGCGGCGGCGGUGGUGGCGGAGCCUUGGAAGGCCGCUCUCCGACUUUGGGCGUCCAGAGCAGCCAGCGUUGGGGUCAGCCUCAGGCGAAGCCUGCGGGCGUAGGCCCCGACGGGUCCCCUCGCUCCCUGCUCAGCCCCGAUUACGGUCACCACCAGCAGCAGCAGCAACCGCCGCGCCCUCUGGACACGCUGCCUCCUCUGAGCCCGAAGUCGAGCCGCAAGGCCGCGGCUUCGCCGGCGCUGGCCGGGCCAGAGUCGUGCCCCUCGGUUGGCAAACGCCUCGGAGGCGUCUUCACCAGUCCGGCGUUCAUACGGCGGUCCGGCGGUGGUGGUGGUGGUGGUGAUAGUGGCAGCGGUGCACGAGAAGGCCUCGUUAUUUUGGACCACGAAGCCGCCGCCGCGGCAUCAUCGUCCCCUCGGGCACGCCGGUCGGCUCCUUCAGCGUCGCGACCAAGGUGAAGAUCCCGGCGUCAACAACAACAACAGCGGCGGC